GAUUAUACCCCUCCACUUAAGGGUUUUUUACAUUUCCACUCCCACACACACUCUCUCCCUUCCUCUCUCUCUCUCUUUCUGUGUGUGUGUGUGUGGUAGUGAGAGCCUCCUUCUGGCCACCAUCUCUGAGCUUUGUAAUCAUGUCUAGUGUUAUGGCUGUUUUGGCUAUUGGGCUCCUUAUUCUGGCCAUGACUGGCCAUUCAGGCGCAACAUGGUGCAUUUGCAAGGACGGAGUGAGUGAUGCAGCUCUUCAGAAAACACUGGACUAUGCGUGUGGAGCUGGGGCUGACUGUGUCCCUACUCAUCAAAAUGGGGGCUGUUUCCUUCCCAAUACUGUCAAGGCACACUGUUCCUUCGCCACCAAUAGCUACUUUCAGAGGAAGGGCCAAGCUCCAGGUUCCUGUGAUUUCUCUGGCACAGCAACGAUCACUACUACUGACCCCAGUGUUGCAGGUUGCGCUUAUCCUUCCAGCGCUAGCCCUGUAAGCAGUGGCACCAUUCCAGUAGGAGGAACUCCAACCACCACCAACCCAGGAUUGACUCCCACAACCAACACUCCCAUGGGUGGUUCGGCAACGCCCACCGGUGUCCUAGGCGGGAACGGGAACGGGUUCGGUGGCGGCAGCAACAGCCUAGGGCCAUCGGGGGUCGGCGGGAUGAGCACCGACUACAGCGACAGUGGAUCAAGGCUCCAACUCACCCUCAUUGGCAAUGUAGCUAUUUUUUUCUUCACUCUCUUGUGUGUUGGGCGUAUGUUUUGAUGGAGCUGUGGUGGCUUUAGUUGAUAAUGGGUGAGGUUGGUAAAGGGUCAGAUUGGAUUCGAAAAUGUAGGGUGGCUCGCAUGUGAUGUUCCUGUUCUUGCUGUACUCGUUUUGCUCUUAGACAGCUUUGCUUUGUUUGUUUGUUCUUUCCCCACCCCUCCACACUCUUUCCCACUUGGUAAGAAAAGAAAAAAAGUUGGGCUUCUCAUCCUUUUUGGAUGGAUUUUCUUGCUCCAGUGGGACCCACAGAAUACUCUCUCUUUCUUUCUCUGUGUAUGUUUUUUAAUAUUGCAUUUAGGUGCGGGAAUUUAAACCUAUGAUCAUUUAGAAAACGGUUGGGAUGCAGAUUUGAUAUAA